CCGCCAACGCUGCACCCCCCCCCCCCACUUUGCCCUCCCGACGGAGCGAUGCGCCCCAUUGAGGCGCUGCUGCCUUGUUGGGGGCUCUUCCUCUUGGGGGGCGCCCUCCUGGCCCGGCAGGUGAGAGGCCUCCGCCACAGCGUCUACUGGAACGCCAGCAACCCCAGGUUCUUCAAUUCAGACGGAGGCUACACCAUUCAGGUGUCCAUCAACGACUACCUGGAUAUUUACUGUCCCCAUUAUGACCGGCCAUUGGACAGCGGGAAACCGGAAUCCUUCACUUUGCUUAUGGUCAACGCCGACGGAUACCAAGGUUGCUACGAAACCCCGGGAGCUUUCAAACGAUGGGAGUGCAACCGUCCGUAUGCCGCCUACGGAGCCGUCCGGUUCUCGGAGAAAAUCCAGAGGUUUACCCCCUUUUCCCUCGGCAUCGAGUUCCAGAGUGGCCGUGAAUAUUACUAUAUAUCUAUCCCUGCACCGGAGAGUCUUGGCCAGUGUUUGAAGCUACGCGUUUCGGUUUGCUGCAAAGCUGCCACCACCACCGCAGAUCCCGCGACGGAGGCACCCAAAUCUCAGCCCCGAGGGAGAGGCGGCCCAGAGAAAGCGGUGGUCAUUCGUGCACACAGCCCUGCCCCGAUCCGGCUUAGCGUCGCCUGCCUGGCUCUCCUGGUGGUGCCCUUUCUCUGGCUCUGACUGCAGGGAAUUCGGAUCGCGUGCCUCCCCCCAAGACUCGGGCCGGUUAGGGAGCGCCGGCAGAGGGAUUCCUCCACCCCACUGUUACUCCCCGCUGCGAAGAUGCUGACCGAUCGCUUGGCACUUUAGACUUUGCCGGAAACCCCCCUCCUCAAUUCUCCCUUCAAUUGACCACACAGCUGCUUUUGGGACGGACGGACAGACAGCGUUCCCAAAUCCCAAAGGAAGGACUCUUUAAUCCGAGAUGAUCCUCUUCGCUCCCAUUCAGACUCCGGAGGAUUUUCGACGAGAGCGCGUUUUGUGUCUCGUUCCCACCGGAUGUCAAAGCUGUGCUUUCUGCCUCUGGGACCGGAUGGAGACCCCCCCACCCCCACCACCAAGCUGGCUUCCCCACCCCGACAAGAAAAUUCAGAUUUGAGUCUCUUCCAGAUUUUAGCCGAAGACGAUCUCUCCAGGACCCUACGCCAAAGACAGGAGAUUUUUCCCCGUUACUCCGUUGGCAAUCUCCGAUGACUUAAAACCGUGCUGCUUAAAUAGAGGAGGUUGGCUUUGUAUACCCUACCCCAAAAUUUCCUCUUUGGGGUGAACGUUGCCCCCCAAAAAACCGCCCUCUGGACCGUGUCAGCCUCCCCACGCUUUCCGUUCUCGAUGAGAACGAUCCUCCUGACAGACGGCUCCGUUAUUUUAUCUUCCGUGAAGAAAGCAACUUCCCGUAGCUGGUGUGCUGCUCUUGUUUUUUUGAUUUUUUAACUGUGUUUUUAAAUUUGGUGGUCCCUCCCGCUGAAUCCGGGAUCAUCGGUGACUGAGCCAAACAAUAAAUCCGUUUUAGAAA